GCAAGGCCACACCGCCAGUGACAAGUGAUCAAAGAGCAGGCAAUCGAGUUCAUGACAGAGACAGCCCCUGCUUCCCUCACUUGGAGAUCCAGAUGGAGACUGAACUGCCAAUAGGUACAUCUGAGAAGGGUCUAGGUUUUCUCCAUGCAUGGUCCUCCGUUGGUGCAUCAGUCUCUGCAGGACCCGCCUGGGCUCAGGUUUUUUAGCUUUGUUGGUCUCCUUGUGGGCCUCUGGUCCCCUCUGUGUCUUAUCCCCCUCCUUCCACAAAACUCCUUGCGCUCUGCCCAAAGUUUGGCUGUGAGUUGGGGGCUGGAUUUAGAUUGUGAGUUGAGGGGGCGGGGUGGAAGCGGGGCUAGGGCUGUAAUUCCUUCAGUUCCGGAACCGCUUGAUGGCGCAGAGGACAAGGGGAGGUGCUAAAGCGGCCAGAAGGCAUGGAAGAAAGAGCUCCGGAGGCGGCUUCGGUGAGCAAGCCACGGUGUCUGGCUGACUAGCUGCCUGAGGAAACCCCCCCCCUUCCGUUUUGGUCCCGUCUUGGUGACUGCGUCAAGUGGACGACAAAGCUCUUCAUCUGUGAGUCUGCGUCAGCUCAGACCUUGCUGUUGGAGACGGCUGCGACAUGGCGGAGCUGGGAUCUACUGCGUUUCCAGAGAAACUGAGCCAUAAGAAGUACAGGGCUCUCCUGAAGAAAGAGAAACGGAAGAAACGGCGGCAGGAGCUCGCUCGAUUGAGAGAUGCAGAAUUGCCACAGAAAGAGGAGGAGGAAGAUUCUGUUACUGAAGAAAAACAAUUAGAGGAAGAAAGGCAGAGGGAGGAAGAGAGGCAAAGAUUACAUGAAGAAUGGCUACUGAGAGAAGAGAAGGCACAAGAAGAAUUCAGGGCAAAGAAGAAAAAAGAAGAGGCAGCUCGAAAGCGGAAGGAAGAACAAGAGAGAAGAUUAAAGGCAGAAUGGGAAGAACAGCAGAGAAGAGAGCAAGAGGAAGAGGAGCAGAAACAACAGGAGAAGAGAGAAAGAGAGGAAGCCGUGCAGAAGAUGCUGGAUCAGGCUGAAAAUGAGUUGGAAACUGUUGGCACCUGGCAGAACCCAGAACCGCCCACGGAUAUAAGAGUACUGGAGAAAGAUCGAGCCAAUUGUCCAUUCUACAGUAAAACAGGAGCUUGCAGAUUUGGAGAUAGGUGUUCACGUAAACACAACUUCCCCACAUCCAGUCCCACCCUCCUGAUUAAGAGCAUGUUUACAACAUUUGGAAUGGAGCAGUGCAGGAGGGAUGACUAUGACCCUGACUCAAGUCUGGAGUACAGUGAAGAGGAGACCUACCAGCAGUUCCUAGACUUCUAUCAUGAUGUCCUGCCCGAGUUCAAGAACGUGGGGAAAGUGAUUCAGUUUAAGGUCAGCUGUAACUUGGAACCUCAUCUGAGGGGCAAUGUUUAUGUUCAGUACCAGUCGGAAGAAGACUGUCAAGCAGCUUUUUCUCUUUUUAAUGGACGAUGGUAUGCAGGACGACAGCUUCAAUGUGAAUUCUGCCCAGUGACCCGGUGGAAAAUGGCAAUUUGUGGCUUAUUUGAAGUACAGCAGUGUCCAAGAGGAAAACACUGCAACUUUCUUCACGUGUUCAGAAACCCCAACAAUGAAUUUAGGGAAGCUAAUAGAGACAUUUACCUGUCUCCAGAUUGGACCAGCUCCUCCUUUGGUAAGAAUUUAGAGAGGAGAGAAAGGACCAGCCACUAUGAUGACUAUUAUGGCAGGUCAAGAAGAAGAAGGAGUCUGACUCCAGACUACAAGAGAAAUGGUGACUCUGACCGUAAGAGCAGUAGUAAUCACAGGGGGAGGAAGUCUCACAGACACAUGAGGAAGAGUCGUGAGAGGCGCAGUUCACCCAGUAGAGGAAGAAGAAGGGAUCAUAGCCCAGGUCCCUGGAGCCAGAGCCGGAGGAGCCGCCGUAGCCGCAGCCGCAGCCGCAGCCGCAGCCGAAGCCCUAGUCAGAGCCGGAGCUCAUCAAGGUCCAGGAGUCGUGGCAGAAGGAAGUCAGGUAGUACAGACAAAACCACCCAAAGCCCCAAAUCCAAAUAAACCUGGUUGUUUUUAAACAUGUCUGUUCUUUUUAUGGCAGCUACUUAUCUGUAUAGUUCGACAAGGCUAGCCAACACUGUCAUGUAAAUCAUGCUUUUACUUUUUGAUAAAUUGUGUUUGUGUGUAUAUAUAUAUAAUAUAUAAUAUUUUAUAUGAAAUUAUAUAUUAUAUAUAUAUGAAAUUCUUUGUAAUCCUAACCUUGAGAGCAUCCGUUAACACCGGAGUAAUGCUUUAGUAUUUUUUUCGUUUAUCUUCUCCCUUUCUCUGUUUGUGUAAGCAUACCAUGUACCACAUAACAAGUGUCCACAUAAGUGUGGUGGUCAGAGGACAACUUUCAGGGGUCACUUACACAGUGGAAUUCAGGGAUUAAACUGACGUCAUGAAGCUUCUACACCAGGGACCUUUAUUCAUUAGAGACCAUGGAGGCCAGAAGAGGAUGUAGACUGGAGUUAUAGAUGGUUGUGAGCUGUAAUGUGGGUGGUAGGAAUUGAAGCCACAUUCUCUAGAAGAUUAAGUAGCCAGUACUCUUAACUGCUAAGCCAUUUCUCCAGCCUAACACACUUCAUUUUUUAACUCAAAGAUCGCAUGUGGCUUUAAUGUUUUUCAUUUAGUUGUCUUAUUUCAUCAAUCUCAAUUCUUUUUAAGUCCCAUAAUUCUCAUCUUUACUCACCACAAAGAGAGUAUAUAUACCAAUUUAUUUGACAACAUCCCUAUUUUUAGAUUUUUAAAGAUGACUCUCUUAGAUUUCCGUAAGGAAACUUUAUCAAAAAAGGCAAUCCAAAAUUCCUUCCAGGAAGACUACAAAAAAAAAAAAAAAAAAAAAAAAAAUCACUCUAACCUCAAGCUCUCACAGCACAAAAUUAUUUUGAUCUUUGCUAGUUUGGCAGGUUUUAGGUAUUUAAGUGCUUAUUUUUAUUGUCACUCUUUCUCUACUUAAUGGCCACAUUCUUAUUUUUCCUUGUAAAAUAGUCUAUUUAAUUUUUUCUGUAUGUAAAUACAGGUUGAUUUUUCUUGCUCUAAAACUUAUUUCCUGUUUCAAAGUGUGGAAGAAACUAUUUCCAUAUUCCUCUUUCCCCAUAUUUACAGUUCCUCCUUCACCUGGAGGCUGUCAGGGUGUGUAUCCUGAAUAGUGUGUUGUGAAAGUUCUUUAUAGAGAUAAAGCAUUUUGCCAUUUCCCAGAAAGUUAGAGUUGUCACUAUUGAAUCCAUCCACUAUUAAUAAUCACAAAAGAGUGGUCAGCUAAUGUGCAUUAUCCCUUGCUUUUCCAAGGUGCUUUGUUCUUGUACAUAGUCUUCCACUGUCAUGCUUUGGACCUCAAAAUUCAGUGUCACGUAGCACUUAGCAAUUUGCCACUUGAGAAGUCAUUAAAGAUGCAUACAAGUCGUGUGCAGUAGCUUAUGACAGUAAUCCCUGCACUUGGGAGGCUGAUGGCAGUGAGGGAGACCCUGCCUUGUUUAAAAAAAUAAAUAACAGGCACAAAGUAUUGAAAAAGUUUAACAAAAUGCCACUUGUUUCAAUUCUAAAUGUCUGCUUCAUAUUUAAAAUGAUAACAUCUAGAUUUAUUUGGUUUAUUAAUAAAUGUAUGGCUUUAAGUAAAUUUAGUAUUUUAAAAAUACUAUUCAAACUGCAGCCAAGAUUAUAUAAAGAUGUGUGUGAUGCUGGAGCUUCAAACAUGGUAGGCAGGGGUGCUACUACUGAGGCUCAUUCCUAGUCUUAAAGCUGAAUAUUCUUAGAUCAUGAUGGCAAAGGAAAGAAAAUCCAUCUUCUUGAGCUCAAGACACUUGAACAAGUGAAGACUUUCCUCUCAAAUGUUGAUGGGCCAAUACAGAGUGCAAGGGAAGUCUAGAAAACCUGAUUGCAUCACUAUCCUGAUAGUGACUUUGAACUAUUUUAUUUACUACUGUGUGUGUCUAUGAUAAACCUCAUUACUACUUAUGCCUCAAACUCUGCAUUACUGACAGAAGCCCACAGGCUUUGUUAGUGAACAGCUGCAUUCACAAUGGCCCUUUAAACCUACAGAUGUCUCUUUCAAUCUAACUUGAUGAGAAUCCUUUCCUUAUUCUUAAAUAUCUCAGGCUUAGAAUGAAACAACUCCUGUUUGCAGCAGCAGAAGGUCCCAUAACCAUACUAGUACUGUAACUGGAAGGUUUGAUUUGUUGCUUACAUUAAGCAGCACCGUCAGCAAAUAUUAGUUUGUUUCUGUUGCAUGUGCUAGCACUUUGUCAUAUGUAUGAGGUGAGGAUUUGUCAUUUGGAUAUCAUUUGAUUAUCUGGAAUAAUCUGAGUUGCUAAAUCAGAAAGUGUAUAAAAGUCAACUGCAUCAAAUGUUUUAAAACAGCAUUUAUUAAUUAAAAAUAAAUGUGUUCUAAGUUCUUGAUA